AUGGCUGCUAGGUUUGAAAGUGGCACAUGCUCUACUGAUUCAUCACCACCGAGAACAAAGUCCGAAAGCAUGACACACAGCUUCAUACCUCGCUUUUCGCAAUCGUCUCCCGCCAAGACCAUUCGCCAUUCAAGCUCCGGUUCGACAUUGGGACGGCACAGUCUGCCCAAUAACUCGACACCAACCCACUCUCAACACCCAUCAGAAAGCCCCAACAUUCGCGACUACGAGUUAAGAGCCUCCAUUGGUGAAAGGGCGGCCCUCAGAGCAGUUCAACUUCAACAGUCUGAACAUCCUGCAAUGUUGGCAAACCGUCACACAAUUCCACCCAGGAAGCCUGUGCCAGGAGACAACGCGCCUGAGGUCUCCUUGCAGAACCCACCAAGUUUGGGGACCAUGAUCCCACACCCCGAGCAACCCCCUAUUGCCCACCAUCUUCACCUUGUUCGGCCUUCGUCAUCGUCUUCCAACCUCCAAGAUGGCCAAUCCACCUCCAGGAGCACCCAUGACAGUUCAACCCUCAUCUUACGACCCGGAAGUGCAACAACUCUUCUUGCACAGAUCCGAACCCUUCAACGCCAGUUGCACCAGAAGACAGAAGAGACACUUCACCUAAGGAGACAACUCGAGGUUCAAGAAGAUGCUGACGUGGGAACACUAAGUCAACAACUGAGAGAGGCAAAAAGGGAGGCACAGAUGUGGAAGGAGAGGGCAGAAGCUGCAGAACGAAGGAUCAAGGUGUUUGAACGAUUCACAGCUCGACUCAGGGGUAUUCAAGAGGCAGUCACUGUAACAGAGCCACACGACUUGAGUGACGACGCGUUCGACACGGGUCACGAGGAUGAAUCGAGAGAGGGGCAGACAUUGGGAAAAAGAACUAUGGGGUACGAGAGCGACGGUUCUAGGAGAACAGAGGAUGUUGGCGUUGUCACGGCCCGAAUUCGCAAGUGUCUGCAUGGUCCGGGAAAGACGGAUGGUGCUCCGGACAGUCCUCCAUUGUCUGGAGCUAGACGGGUCCAGAACGCUUCUAACAAGGCGGCAAAGGAUAUCAACCAGAGUGCCGUUGAAAUUUGGAUGGCGGCACAGGAACUAUUGCAUCUCGAGGAGGAACAGGGGCAACGUUUGACACACGAUGGGAGGCGGCCAAUCGAGGGAGAUGUCUUAUUGGAGGGAGUUUGA